CAGUCGGGUCCGGUCAGUCAGUGGUUACGGGACGACAUGUUGGACGUAUUUCUAUGAUUGCUCGCGCGCGAUAGUAUUCGUGGCGCGACUUUUCAUGUUUCUCUCGUGCGUGCCAGACGAUAGACGUGUCCGAGGACAACGUCGAUUAAUGUGAAGUGUGUUUGUGUGAAAGAAAAGCCACUUAGAGAGUUUGGCUUUACCAAACAUGAGCUGGGGUACCGAGCUUUGGGACCAGUUCGACAAUCUAUCCCAUCAUACGCAAAAAGGGAUAGACUUUCUCGAGAGGUAUGGACAUUUUAUUCGCGAUCGAUGUGCCAUCGAGGUGGAAUAUGCAGCCAAGCUCAGACGUCUCGUGAAGAGUUAUCAACCGAAGGAACCGAAGAAGAAAGAAGAGGAGGAGGAUUAUAAAUACAGUCCAUGUCGGGCUUUUAAGAUGGAAUUAAACGAAGUAAAUGACCAAGCUGGCCAGAGGGAGGUCAUUGCAGAAAAUUUGCAAGCUACCGUUCUGCGGGAAUUGAACAUACUUGUGAAGGAUUUUAAAGAAGAUCGUAAAAAGUAUUUGCAAGAGGGUAUCAGAUUGAGGGCGGCUUUGGCUGGACAAAUUGGUAAUUUGGAACGAGCUAGAAAAGCAUAUGAGAAGGCUUUUCGUGAAGCGGAAAGAGCUGUUGAAAAUUAUCAGAGAGCUGAUGCUGAUUUGAAUCUUUCCAGAGCUGAGGUAGAAAAGCAGAGGAUGAAUAUGACUCUUAAAACACAACAAAGUGAAGAAGCAAAGACAGAGUACGCUAAUCAGUUACAAAAGACAAAUGAUAUGCAGACAUUGCAUUAUCAUACGUCCAUGCCAGAAGUAUUUCAGCAUCUGCAGGAAUUAGAUGAGAAAAGAAUAAAAAACAUGCGAAAUUAUAUGAUCAAAUCAGUGGAAAUAGAACGUGCAGUUGCACCAAUAAUCGCUCAAUGUUUGGAUGGAAUUGAAAAGGCAGCGAAUGAAAUCAACGAGAAAGAAGAUACACUGUUAGUUAUAGAACGGUAUAAAAGUGGUUUCCAACCACCAGGAGAUUUUCCAUUUGAAGAUCUUUCUGUUGCCAAAACAUAUGAUAGUAACAGUCAAUUAUCACAACCUGCAAUGCAGCCAAUACACAAUCAUCUGACAGUAAAGGGGACUGUAUCCGGUGGGAAAAUCAAAAAGAGAGUUGGACUUUUUGGAAUUUUUAGUAGUAAUAAGAAGUUGAUCGAGGUGUGCAUAGCUUUAAAGAACAACGUGCCUGGUUAUGGCGAUGGCGCGAAGGAGGAUUGUAGCGAUUUACCUCCAAAUCAACGGAAAAAAAGAUUGCAACAAAAACUUGAUGAAAUUCAGGCUAAGAUUCAACAGGAAACUGCAGCAAGAGAUGGUUUAAUGAAGAUGAAAGGUGUCUACGAGCAAAACCCAGCAUUAGGUGAUCCAAUGAGUAUAGAAGGCCAAUUGAAUCAAUCUAGCAAUAAAUUGGACAAACUUGGUGCAGAAUUAGCAAAGUUUCAAGGAUAUUUGGAAGAAGCUAUGCGUGCUGGUGUUAGCUUAUCCAGGUAUCCAAGUCAAGUGCAACGAAAGCCUACAAGUAAUGGCUCGGCAACAAGGCCAUUAAGUUCAAGAAGAUCCAGUCAUUCGGGAGGAGAAGAAAGUCUUUCAAGAUCAGCUUCUGAUUCUAGUGUUAGUAAUGCGAACACGAAUCAGCCAGUUCAUAAAAAGAGUGCGCCAGGUACUCCUCAACCAAGCCAUGGUUCCACGAAUAGCCCGGAAUCUGGUCUUGGAGAAUCAAGAACGUCACUUCCUGGAAGUGGAGGAGAAGAAUAUUACGUAGAUGAGAUAGAUGCACAACCGCCAUUAGGAACCUGUAGAGCACUUUAUCCUUUUGAUGCUACUAGCGAAGGUUCUAUACCAAUGUACGAUGGAGAAGAAUUGUAUAUGAUCGAAUUAGACCAGGGUGAUGGAUGGACACGUGUUCGUCGUAUCUCUCAACCAAUUGAAGGAUUUGUACCAACAUCAUACAUAGAGUGUCACCUGUACAAUACAUAGCCGCUCUUUUUAGUUCGGAGAACUGCCAACGAUAUGAUGAUGAUGGUGAUGACGAUGAUGAUGAUAUUGAUGUAGAUGUAGAUGACGUUGAUGAUGAGAUGAAAAUGAUGAUAACGAAGACGACGACGAAGACGAAGACGACGAUGAUGGCCAAAUAUGUCCAAUGCCAUUUGCUCCAUUUUUUUUUCCAUUUCUAAAGAGAACAAAGACCGAACAAGAAAAAAAGAAAAUUCUGCUUUGUUAACACAACCAAGAAACAAAGCUUCCCAUUAAAAUAUACUUGUCUGAACAGAUGAAGUUCUAUACAAUUUUAUGUUUGUAUAGUUACGUACAAUAGGAUUCAAUCGCAUUGAACUUGAAGCUUCCAAAUUACAUUUAAUCAUUCUUGUGUCUAUGAGUUUAAAGAAGACGAAUGAAUCGUCUAAUUUGACGGUCACAAAUAAUUAAAAAAAAAAAAAGAAAUGUGUGCUGUUCCGUUUUAGAUAAUGCACAAAACAACAGAAAUUGUGACUUUACCGAAGAAAGUAAAUGUCUUAUUACAUAGUAUUUGGUCCCUUCUUCGUUUCAUUUUACAUAGAACAAAUAUUGUGCGAGUUUGAUUUUCUUUUUGUACCAAACUAAUUAUUAAAGAUUUAUAGCUGACUAUGCUCAGGGACAGACUCUUACAAAAAAUGCCAGGAGAAUAAGAAGACUGAUUUAUAUUCAUAUUUUCUUUUUGCAUUUCCGUCAAUUUUGGAUUUCUCUAUCUAUUUCCUCUCUUAUCCUUUUGUACAAAAAUACUAAUCAAUAUUAAUUUUCUAUUCCUUAGAAAAGGAUUUUUUAUUCCUGUUAAAAAAAAAAAAAAAAAAAAAAAAAAAAAGGAAUUGGAAGAUUAUAAAUGUUAAUAAAUAUGUACGACAAAGUCUGAGCCCGGAGCGAGUCUUCUCUUUAAAAAAGCUUUCUUUAGGAAAAAGAAAAAAAAAAGAAAUGUCUGAGUGUGAAUUAGUUAGGGUAUAGAUUUCUGUACAUAAUAUUCCGUGGAAACGAACGAGAGAACGAAUGGUACAUGAGUAAAAAGUGCCAGACGACGAAAAAA